AUGGGGAUUUUACCGGUUCUAUCGGGGAUCAUAUGUUUGCUGUUUGCACAAUGUCACGGUUUCUUCAAUCCAGGAAUGAAGAAAACACUUGCCCAAUCCAUUAGCCAGUCGGUGUCUAAAGCUGUGGCCAACAACCAGAACCAGAUGUUGGUUGCUAAUGUCGCAAAUGUUGGUUCUAUGAUUGGAACUCAAAAUAAUGGUCCGGUACAGAACUUCAACGCCAGACCACCUCCACCAAAACAGCCAAGUUUACCAGCGGGAAUCAGUUCUUCCUUUGCCAACAGAUUUUCCGCCAGUAACGCAGCUGCACAGACACACAAUUCCUACCAUUCCUCCGUGUCUUCUUCAGUAAAUCAACAGCAACAACAGGUGAGCGAGUAUCGUAAACUUUUUGGUAUGCUCGCCUCCUUAACUCAACAGCAGCAACACCAGCACUCACACACUGGAGCCGUUUUGAGAGCAGAGACAAUUCUUGGUAAGAUGCUUGGAAAAUCAGUGAAUAUGAAAGCCACGUCGGGAUAUUCAAACCCAGUUAAGCUGAAUUCCCAGAUUCAACUUAUCCAGAACAUGAUUGUUGAAUUAAUGAACUACAGAAAACAAUUGAACACUGCUAAGGCCAAGAAGAAUCCCUUAACGGUCUUCAUGAGAAGCUACGACUUGCAGAAGAAAGGAAUGUUGGAAGCUUUCCUUAAUUUAGUGCGUAAUAAGCAGGUGCAGCAAGCUGUAGUGGACAACUCGGUCUACAGACGUGUCAGUUCCUCCAACAAGAACUCGCACAACACUAUUGUGUUCGCAAAGAAUGCCAAUGUCCAUUCUCCGGUCCAAACUCAACACAACGCUCCAAUGUAUCCAGCACCAAAGAAAACAACAACAACUACACCGGAACCAACAACGACAACAACCACAACACCAGCCCCGACAACGACAACGCCUCCUCCACCUCCACCACCAAAAUAUCAACCUCCACCUAAGUACCAGCCACCACCACCCCAGUAUCAGCCACCACCACCCCAGUAUCAGCCUCCACCCCAGUAUGUCAACCAGCAUCAAACAAUCAACAACAACGUCAAUGUCAACAACAAUGGUGGAUCUCGCGCAAUGAAUGCCCAUGUCAACAUCGGUAACAAUCAAAACCAGUACGCAGGCAAUCAAGGAGGACGUUAUCAAGGCCCUCCACCUCAAGGUCCUCCUCCAAAGGCACCAGCCCCAAAGGGACAUUGGCAACCAGCACCAGGUCAGCCUAACCAGUUUCAGGGCCUUAAUAACAACGUUAACGUUAACAACAAUGGAAGAGGUCCCGCUAAUUUUCAUGUUGGUAUUCAAAAUAAUCAGAAUCAACACGCUGCAGGAAAUGGUUAUUAUGGAGGAAACCAGGGAGGUCAUGGUGGUGCUCAACAAGGCAGUCCACAUGGAGGAUUUGCUCAACAGGGUGCUUAUCAGCAAGGUGGUCAGGGCGGAGCUCAAGGUGGACAAGCCGGUGCCCAAGGAGGUCAUGGUGGAGCUCAAGGUGGACAUGGCGGCGCUCAAGGUGGACAUGGCGGCGCUCAAGGUGGACAUGGCGGCGCUCAAGGUGGAGCGCAAGGUGGUCAACAAGCAGGAUAUGGUGGACAAUUUGGAGCCCAUUUCCAAGGUGCUUUCAACCAGCAAGGAGGACAGGGUGGUGGACAUGGCGCCCAAGGCGGUCAGGGAGGACGUGGUGGUCAACAAGGCGGACAGCAGGGUGGUCAUGGUGGGGCCCAAGGUGGACAAGCUGGACAUGGCGCUCAGGGUGGAAGUGGUGGUCAACAGGGAGGACAUGGCGGUCAACAAGGGGGUCGUGGUGGCGCCCAAGGCGGUCAAGGUGGACAGGGAGCUGGUGGUGCCCAAGGCGGUCAAGGUGGUGCUCAAGGCGGUCGUGGUGGUGGUGCUCAAGGCGGUCGUGGUGGUGCUCAAGGCGGUGCUCAAGGCGGUCGUGGUGGUGGUGCUCAAGGCGGUCGUGGUGGUGCUCAAGGCGGUGCUCAAGGCGGUCGUGGUGGUGCUCGAGGUGGUGCUCAAGGCGGUCGAGGUGGUGCUGGUGGAUUUACCAACAUGCAUGUUGACAUUUACAACAAUCAAAAUCAAUACAGUGCUGGAAAUGCCAAUCAGUUCCAAGGCCUUAAUAACAAUGUCAAUCUUAACAACAAUGCUGGACCUCGCUCAAGGUAUCCAGUGGGACAACCUAAAACACCCAAAGCUCCAAAAAGCGGUGCUAAAGGUGGUGCUGUAGGAGGUUAUCAGGGUGGAUACGGAAACAAUCAAGGAAUGAACAACAAUCUUAAUAUUAAUUUAAAAGUUCCAAGACCAUCACCGCCUAAACAAUCUGGUCCAAAAGGCAAACGUCCACCAAAAGAUCCCAAAAAGACACACAUAUUCAUCAACUUCCACGCUCCAAUUCAAAAUGGCUUCUAUCCAUCCUUGAAUGCUGGUCCUCAACCAAAAUCCCCAGGAGGAGCAACCCCAAAGAAAGGGCCACGUCCAAAGGGACCUAAAAAGGGUUCACCAAAGAAAGGACCCAAAAAGGGACCCAAGAAGGGACCUAAGAAGGCACCAAAGAAAAGCGGUGGCGCUGCUCCGAAAAAAGGGCCAAGACCUAAAUCCCCUGCACCAAAAGCCAAAGGACCAAAGAAAGGAUCUCGACCACCAAGCGGAGGCCCACAGCCUAAAAGUGGUGCUCAGGGAGGAUAUAAACAAAAAACAACUUUUCACCAACUUCAACACGGAAAACUUCCAAUUAACUUGGUGAUCAAUAACAAUUUCCCACAAAAUAUGAUGAACAUUCAUGGCAACGGCAACAACGCUGGUGCUACAGCUCUCCACCAACCAAAUAACAAUGCUGGUGGACACCAAGGUGCUAAAUACACUGGACAAUCCGCUCAUGCUCAACAGACUCAAGGAGGUCAAGCAGGUGGACAAGGCCAACAGGGAGGCGGACAUGGACAACAGGGAGGCGGACAUGGACAACAGGGAGGCGGGCAUGGACAACAGGGAGGCGGGCAUGGACAACAGGGAGGCGGACAUGGACAACAGGGAGGCGGACAUGGUCAGCAAGGUGGUCAACAAGGAAGUGGACACUACAGUGCACAGUAUAAUUCCCAUACUAAGAUACACGAAACUGUUUUACCGAAAAACAAAGUCAGAAUAGUUGGUGACAGAAACAAAGUUCGUACCUUUGCUGGCUUAGAAAACCAACUCCAAAAUCUUCCGCAGGGAUCUACAGUCAAGGGACCACAAGGAGGGAAUGGUCCAGCCAGUCAAGGUCCAUCUGCUAGUGUGAACAUCCAUAUGCAACAACUUCUGCAGCUACUCAGUGGUAGUCAAGGGGGCCAGGGCGGUAGUCAAGGAGGCCAAGGUGGGAGUCAAGGAGGCCAAGGUGGGAGUCAAGGAGGCCAAGGUGGUAGUCAAGGAGGCCAAGGCGGUAGUCAAGGUGGUCAAGGGGCCCAAGGUGGAAACCAAGGUGGUAACCAGGGAAACUCACAAGGCAGCGCUUACGAUAUAUACGCUCAACAACAGAUGUCUCUUCAAGGAGGACAAGGCGGCAGUAAUGGUGGACAAGGCGGAAGUCAAGGUGGACAAGGCGGCAGUCAGGGUGGACAAGGAGGCCAAGGUGGAAGCCAGGGAAGUUCCCAAGGCAGCUCUUACGAUAUCUAUGCCCAACAACAGCAGGCUCUUCAGAUGCAAGCUGGUCAGCAAGGCGGACAUGUCGAUCCAUACGCACAAGGAGGCCAGGGGGGACAACAACAAGGUGGAGGCCAGCAACAAGGUGGACAGCAAGGUGGUCAACAAAACAUAAUGAUGUCCCAAAUCAUGGAGCUAGCACAACAGGUUCUAGCCGGAGGACAAGGAAGUAUCCCCCCAUCCACACAACAGUUGCUGGACACUUUGCUCGCUCAAGGUCAGUCCGGACAAGGAAUACCUCCAGAUCAGAUCAACAUGCUCAUCGAGAGUCUUACCCAACAGUUGCAAAGCGCAAAUUUCCUCGGCCUAAGUGGACAGGCAGGAAGUCAAGGUUCAUCAUACGCAGCAUCCAGCAGCCACCAAGCCAGUGGACACCAAAGCAGUUACUCCGCUGGACAACAGCAAGCUGGAAGUUACUCCGCCGGACAACAACAGCAAGCUGGAAGUUAUGGGGCAGCUCAAAGCCAAGGAAUGCAAUUCAUUGACCCAGUAACCAAUAACGCCGUCGCACCAGUGAGCUUUUUAGGAAAUCUCCCUCAAAUGGCCCUUUAUGAAUCGGGUUCUGUUGUUGUUAAAUCCAAUGCCAAAAAGCCUUAAAGUAUGAGACUUCACACACCAACAUCCGUCGGUCAUAAUCUAGGAAAUCAGGUCUUGAGUCUUUCGUUAUUAUUUAUUUUCGAUUAAACUGAUUCCUAUU